AUGAAGCCUCCGGCUCCUCCUCCGCCGAAAUUUGCUGAAAAUUCCCAUGGCACUUCCUCUAUGACUGUCAUAUCUGAAUGUUCUGAAGCUUCGCUUUGUCGGAGGCUUGAAGGCGAUGGUCAUCUGAACAAGCACGGUUCGGCAAGCAGUGAUGAUGAUCACUCGUCAGACAGAAACGUGGCCAAUGUUAAGCCAACGCCUGGUAAUUUGGCAGAUGAAAGUGGACUGUCUAGUCAAGAAACGACAAAUGGUGAUGGACACCUCACGCAGGCUGACAAGCCUGUUCCUCGGCAUCGGAAAUCCAAAUCUGCUACCAUUAGUAUUCAUCCUCCGGUUAAAUCGGCCAGUUAUCAGAAGCUUAAUGAAGCGUGUUCUAAACACGAGGAGGAUCUCCGCUUUUCAUCCAAUGAAACAUCGCAGCACUCGGGCGGCGGCGUGAAGGACGGGCUCAGAUUCGGUAUGGUGCCAAUGCGCCCUCCUUUGCCAAGCAAGGCCGCGUUCGAACGGCGCUCUUCUCUGAAGCAUUUGCCUUCUGAAUCGAAAACCGGCGUUGCUGCUUGUCGUAGUACAUUCAUUGCCGUGAAGCCACCGAGCAACGACGACGAAGCCGUUCCGUCGCGUAGUUCCAGGUUCGAUUCGUUUUCUAGCGAAAGCAGCAACGACGAUAGCUUAUUGGAAAUGACCGGUUCCACCGACGACAUAUGCAAUCGGCUUUCGAAAAGUGCUGUUGAACUAAAGCCGUGCGAGUUUCAGUUUCAACGCAAGGUGGACGUUGCUCGCAACCCCUGUGAAGGGAUUCAUGCGAAGCCGUCGCGCAGAAAUCUUCCGUCCCCUGCUGCCGCCGCCGCCGCCACCGCCGCCGUCUCACGCGUCAGCUCGUUCAAACCUCCGUUGCCUAGCAAACCGAAGUUGCACGACGACGACGGCGACAUAACCAAACUGUGA